UGUUGAUGUACUACUUCUCCAAAUACUCCUAACUUAAUUACGAGAUGGUGAUUGCUAAUUGGUGGUACUAGCUAGUAAUAAUCAGAAUUAAUUGCUUACAGGCCGGCUGGUCAAAGACGAACACGACCGAUCAUAUAUAUAUAUCCUCUGGCGGUGGUGGGUCGAGCUAGCCAGCCAGCCAAUUUUGACUUGUUCUAAUCAAUCACUCGUUGGUAAUUACUACAAGUCAGAUGAUAUGAUGAACAAUAAGCGACCAUCUACCUUCUACUAGGUGGUAAUUGCAUAGCCAGAAAUUUAUUUAUUUUACCACGGCUGGACCUGGGCGCUUCCAUCAACUCGACCAGUUGGAUCGACAUGUCGUCGUCGUCGUCAGAUGUCAUAUCUGGUGGUAACAUCGCCGUAGCCAUCGUGUCCGUGAUCACAGGCGGCAUAGUAGUCAUCGUUGUUGCCAUUCUCAUCUACAAGUGCUGCAAGCUGCGCAUGUGGCGCAAGUACGGCCUCUCGCCGCCGGAAUUACCGGCAUCGCAGCCGCCCAGGCCCAGGAGCGACGACGACCGUGCUGUGGCCGCGCUGACCACGACGACGGUUGACGUCAUCAAGGAGCGGCCUGUGAGGUUCAGCUCGCCGCAGUUGCGGGAAAUGACUGGCGACUACGCGGAGAGGCUUGGCGCCGGGGGUUUCGGGGUGGUGUACAAAGGGCAGAUCCCCGGCGGUCUGGCAGUGGCCGUGAAGGUCCUUGGUAGCGACAUGGGGAGGCGCGCAGAGGAGCAGUUCAUGGCGGAGAUCGGCACCAUCGGUAGGACGUCGCAUGUCAACCUCGUCAUGCUCUACGGCUUCUGCUUCGACGCCGACCUCAAGGCGCUUGUGUACGAGUGCAUGCCCAAGGGCUCGCUGGAGCGCUACCUGUUCUUCCUCGACGAACAGGAGCAGGGCCUCGGCUUCCACAAGCUGUUCCGCAUCGCCGUUGGGACUGCCAAGGCGAUCCGGUACCUCCACGACGAGUGCGCGCGGCGGAUCAUCCACUACGACAUCAAGCCCGGCAAUGUACUCCUGGACGAGGAGUUGGAGCCCAAGGUGGGGGACUUCGGGCUGGCGAGGCUGUGCGACAGGGAGAAGACGCACCUGACGAUGACGGGCGGCGGGAGGGGCACCCCGGGCUACGCGGCGCCGGAGCUGUGGAAGCCGGUGCCGGUGACGCACAAGUGCGACGUGUACAGCUACGGCAUGUUGCUGUUCGAGAUCCUGGGCUACAUGCAUGGUAUGGAGAGCCAGGAGCAGUGGUAUCCCCGGUGGGUGUGGCAGCGCCUGGAGCAUGGCGAGACGGAGGCGGUGGUGGCGCGGGCGCGGGCGCAGGGAGGCGCCGCCGCCGCCGACAAGGCGGAGCGGAUGUGCACGGUGGCCCUCUGGUGCGUGCAGUACAGGCCGGAGGACCGACCGUCCAUGGCCAGCGUGGUUCAGAUGCUAGAGGCCCAUGACCACGUCGCAGCGCCCACCGUCAGCCCCUUUGCUCAUCUCGACCCCCAAGUCAUCAUCACCACUUCCUCUUUCUCCUCGCUGUUACACACGGAUGACACCACUGGAGGCACCACCUCCACUCACAUCUCACAUCACAUCACUUAAUUACUUCUUCCAAAAAUUCUUUGCUAACUACUCCCUCAAUUCCAUUUUAAGUGCAAAUAUUAGAUUUCAUGCACAACUUUAAUUAUUCGUCUUAUUUAAAAAAAAUAUGAUUAGUAUUUUUAUUAUUAUUAGAUGAUAAAACACGAAUAAUACUUUAUGCGUGAGUUAUGUUUUUAUUUUUCCAAAAAAAUUAAAUAAGAUGGACGAUUAAAAUUGGGCACGGAAAAUCAUGGCUGCACUUAAAAUGGAACUGAGGGAGUAACUGCUGUAUGCACAAUAAAUUUUAAUUUUAGAUCGUGCCAAAAUCUCCUGACCUUUCUCAUGCAAGUUGUUCCUCCUACGUUAUGAGCCUCACUACAGUCCUCCUUACUGGUAGUAGAAACUAAUCUGAACCAUUGAUCUUAUUUAAUCAAAGGAUUCAGAUGUAUUUAUACUACUACCCAGUUAGGUCUUGUUCGGUUUGGAGGGGAUCGAAGAAGACUGGAGGGCCUUGUUUGGUUAAUCCCCAUGAGGGAGGGAUUGUAGUGGAUUUAUUCCACACCUAUUGUGGUGUGGAAUUAUUCCCCUAUCAAUCCCCUCCAAUUCUCUUCAAUCCCUUUCAAAUUGAACAAGGCCUUAUUAGUAGUAGAAACCUGGAGGGACAUUGUUCUCAAGGCGCCCUCCUUGCCCUCUCGGUGUUGCCAUCGUGCUAGUCGUGCCAUUGUCGGCCCUGGUCUCUUGCACUGACGACAAUAGUCGUUCAUGCAGUCUUCGCGUGCACGUUUGGUGGCUAUGUUCGUGUGCCCUUGUGGCCGCCACAUUGUUCCGCAUGCGUGCAUUCGUGUGGCAUUCGUGUGAGGCCCGCUUGUCUCCCACUUGUUACGGUUGACGCGUAGGGUCUCACUCAGUUCUCUCCGUGGAUCAUCUCUGGGAACCUGGUCCAUGGUAAUCUAGCUAUUUGAUCCAUGGGUCUCUGCUGCAGACCUGCAGUCGUUCGAUUCUCUCUCUCCUUGAGCGAUAAUGCAUUACACAUAAUAUAACGGUAUAAUAAUAAUAAUAAUAAUAAUAAUAAUAAUAAUAAUUAAACAACUUGGAAAUAUCCGCUUUAACUGAAUUGCACCUAAAAUUCGGAUGUUCGUUUCUCGGCCAUACGAGCUCCUAAUUGAUCGGUUUAGAUUGUUUAAUUUUUUUUUCAUAACUUCAAGAAUCCGUUUCUGUUGUUUUAUUUUGUUGUUUUAAUGUAUUGUUAUCGUUUCUUUCUUAGAGUUGUAUAGCUCUGUUUUGUUGCUCGUGUAGUUGUCGUCAUUUCUGAAGUUCCCAAGGUGCAUAUCAAGUUGUCAGAAGACCUGCUCCCUUACUUGGAUUCAACACAUAAUAGCUGAACAAGGUGGCAAGAAAGCAAAAGGAACCAGUCUAUCAAUGCGCGUGGUCCAUCAAUAUGUUGAAUUUAUAAGCACAUAAUGAUUUAAUUUAUUUCAUAAAUAAUCAUGAUAUUGCAUAUGUAAACUAGAAUAAUCAUAUCAUACGAUCUAUAAAUAUAGAUUAGACUGUAAAGCAUGAA